AUGGAGGAGGUGAAUGUGGAUAGGGAAAUGGCUGUGUUGGUGGAGAAGCAAGUUGAUACUAAGCUGUGUGAAAGUGAGUCCUUGCAAGCUAAGUUGGGUGCUGAGAAAAAGGAUUGGAAACGUGGGACUCUGGAUAGUAAUGAAUCAAGUUCUCAUGCUUCUUUGAGAGCUAAAGAGGUGAGGAUGGAGAGAAAUGAGGAGAUGGAGGAGAAUGUAAAAAUGUUAGAGAAUCUUGGGUGUGGUGGUCUAAAUAAGCAGUGUUCAGAGGGGUCUUCUUUUUACAUUGAUCACCAAUUUGCUCCUAGGGUGGGUUCUGUGCUCCCGCUGGAUGAUGAUUUUGGAUUAGUAAGAAGGAAAGAACCCCUAGAUAAUGAGUACUUCUCUGACAAAGGUAGUUCUAAAAGUGUUGAUAAUGAUGUGGGGAAUACAAAGGAGCAGGUGGUAGAGGACUUUGUUGACUCAGAUACCAAUCCUAUGAACAUGUCUUCUGUGGAGGCUUCUACUUGA